CGCCGAGCUGUUAGUCUGGCAGCCCUUCUCCUAGGCGCUGGCGCGCGUGAUCUUAACACCUCCCUCCUUUUGUGAUGGAUUUGCAAAAUACAGGAAAAAGGAAAAAAAUUCCUUCUGAUUCUCUUCCUUAACUUCAGAUCCCACUGAAACAGGAAAAGUUCAUGCUGCCUGUCAGUACCAAAACCAAUAAGGAGAGUUAAGGUCUGGUGGAACCUCACUGUAUCCUGCUGCCAGAGACCCCACAGCUUCCCCUUCCUUCUCUAUUGCUAAACCUGUUUGGAGGUUAUGGAUGAUAAGCCCAGUUCUGGAACUGUGAGUGAGAGUUCAGAACUUCUUUUCUCCUUCGGAGUUAUAGCAGAUAUUCAGUAUGCUAAUUUAGAAGACGGCUAUAAUUACCAAGGAAACAGAAGACGAUACUACAGACAUAGUCUUGUUCACUUGCAGGCUGCUAUUGAACACUGGAAUAAAGAAAGCAGCCGGCCCUGUUGUGUACUUCAGCUGGGAGAUAUCAUUGACGGCUACAAUGCGCAGUAUAAAGCAUCAGAGAAGUCACUAGAACUUGUUAUGAAUGUGUUUCAAAUGCUUCAAGUCCCAGUUCAUCACACAUGGGGAAAUCAUGAAUUCUAUAACUUCAGCAGAGAGUAUUUAACAAACUCUAAACUGAACACAAAGUUUCUAGAAGACCAGAUUGUACAUCAUCCUGAGACUGUGCCUACCGGGAGUUAUUACGCUUACCAUUUUUCUCCGUUCCCCAAAUUCCGGUUCAUUUUACUUGAUGCUUAUGACUUGAGUGUCUUGGGCGUGGAUCAGUCUUCUCCAAAGUACCAGCAGUGUCUGAAGAUGCUGAAGGAGCACAAUCCAAAUAUGGAAUUGAAUAGUCCUCAAGGACUUUCUGAGCCUCAGUUUGUCCAGUUUAAUGGAGGAUUCAGCCAAGAACAGCUGAACUGGUUGAAUGCAGUCCUUACAUUCUCUGACAGAAACCAAGAGAAGGUGGUGAUCGUGAGUCAUCUUCCCAUUUACCCAGAUGCCUCUGAUACUGUGUGCCUGGCCUGGAAUUACAGAGAUGCCCUUGCAGUCAUUUGGUCUCACGAGUGUGUGGUGUGUUUCUUCGCCGGUCACACUCACGAUGGCGGCUACUCCGAGGACCCUUUUGGUGUGCACCACGUCAAUGUGGAAGGGGUUAUUGAGACCGCCCCGGACAGCCAGGCUUUCGGCACCGUGCAUGUCUAUCCGGACAGGAUGGUGUUGAGAGGGAGAGGCCGAGUCACAGACAGGGUUAUGAAUUAUAAGAGGGAAAAACCUUUUCCAUUUUUGGUCUGAUUUAUUUUAUCUUUAUAGGAAGAGGAUGACUUCGGUUUGUGUUUUUGUUUCUCCACCCCACCCUGAAACCCUCAGUGUCCCUGUUUAUUAUCCUGUUGGCAUACCAAAGCAUGUUCAUGACUUCAGUGUGUGUCAGCUCGUGAGACCUCUGAACGUUGUCUCUGGGCUGUAAAUCCAGUGCUGAAAUUGGAAAAGAUGAAUGAAUGUGAGCCAGGGAGGAGACCCUCGGGGGCGGGGGUGAGAUAUAGUCCUCAAGUCAGACUUUACUUUAGCCUUACCUGAGUUAAAAAAUUUUGUUUUACUUUGUACAAGGAGAAUAUGCUCACAUAUUACUAUAUAACUUAAAAUUCAUAAUAAAAAAGAAAUAAGCUCAGGUAAAGCUUUUCCUUUUAACCCUGCUAUGCAAAUGAGCUUUGGACAUAUUUUUGCUCAGAGUAUUCAUCAUAUUGUACUUUUAUAGACUUGUGUUCCUAUUUUGUAGACCAAAGCUAUCAAGUUGCUUCACAGGUGACUUAGUGGUGCUCCCCUUCGCACAGGUGAAUGUGCGCCCUCCCAUGGGAGGCUAAGAAGGACCUUUGAAGGUAUGUGGUCCUCUCUGACUCCAACCAAAGCAGAAGCAAGUGCCAUGCAGCUGUGUGCCUGCUCCCGUGGUCGAUUUGGGCCACCAGCUAGUGCUGGUGAGGACAGCAGCCAAGUGAAUUUACCUGACUCCCUUUGUAGAUGAGUGGGACCCGUUAAUGCCAUUGUCAUAUGUGCUAAGGCUUAUUCUCAGAAACACGUACUAGAUGGCAAAUGGGGACUGUUGAAGUGUAGAGAAGUUCUGAUUCAGGGCUUAAAAACAGUAGGAGAUAAACCAAUACUAGUCAACACGAGUGCCUGCUGCGUACCUAGGCAUAAUGGGGGUAUUUGUUUUCUAUGGCUACUGUGACAAAUUACCACACACUUGGUGGCUUAAUUAACACACAUUUGUUCUCUUACAGUUCUGGAGUCAGAAGUCUGAAAUUACUGUCACUGGGCUGAGAUCAAGGUGGUGUUAGGGCGUGUUCCCUCGGGAGGCUGGGGGAGGGCCCAUUUCCUUCCCUUUCCCAGCUUCUGGAGCUGUGUUUCUUGCAGUCCUUGGCCCCUUCUUCCAUUGUCAGAGCCAGCAAGGUACCGUUUUCAAGUCUCUUUCUGCUUUGUUGUUACAUCACCGUUUCCUCUUCUGUCUAUGUAGUCGUCUUUGUGUCUCCUGUCUUUCCCACAAUUGCGAUCACAUUGAGGGCCCACCAAGUAAUCCAGGAUCAUCUCAUCUCCAGAGCCUCAACUCGAUCACAUCUGGGAAGUUCAUUUUGCUGGAUAAGGUAACAUUCAUACACUCUGGGGAUUAGGGCCUGGAUCUUUGAGGGCGGUUGUUCAGUUUACCAGAGAGGUGGCUGCAAUGUACUCCCUGCACUCGCCAACUUUGGUGGUGAGGAGACAGAUCCCUAGGUACAAAUGUGGGAAGACAGGACUGUGGGAAUAUGGAGCAGGAAUUUAAUUCUGUUUGAGGGACUUAGGGAUGACUUGAAGAAGAAAGAAGAAUGGUUUAAAUGGGCGUGGAAGUGUAUUUCAAGUAGAUAGAAUAGCAUAAGCAGAGGCAUGGAAGGAUAUGUAGAAUUUAGGAGAGGCAAGUAAUACUAUGAAGAGUCUCCAAAAGUAAUAAAGCAGAAAAGGUUAAGCUUGGGCUACGUGGAGAAAAGGCAUGAAUGACCAGCCCAGAGUUGGGAUUUAUCUUGGCAUACAGUGUGAGGAGCCCUCGGGCUCCUGCGCUGGGUGGUGUAUGGUGAGACUUGUGUGUCAGUCCCGGCCGUAGCUACUGUGAGGCUGGUGUAGAAGAAUAACAACGGCAGAAAAAGAUUGGGGG